CCCACUGUUUUUACAAAGGAAUUUUUUUUUUUUUUUUGGUGUUCUUUUUUUUUUUCAUAUAAAAAUCCAAUGAGCUUUCGCUGGAAAAAUUUUCCAUUACUUAUUCUUCUACAAUCUUUAACCGGUAUAUCGACACCAUCAGUAACUGUUCCCCCAGGAAGUAGAUACUGGUGCUUUCAGUAUACUAAAAGACCUAUUCUAAAUGAUGACCUGAGUGCAUUUGGCUCGAGACUUUUUGUCGAUGUGGAAAAACCCACGCUACCUUACUAUUAUUGUCUGAAAAGAACAAGGUCUUUUAUGUUAAAGAUGUAUCGUGUAAAAUGUUAAAUCAUUUCGUAAGAUUCUUCGGGUACUACCUGCGUAUAAUGGCAUAACGUUAACUGAAUGUUGUACUAAUUACAUUUACAAAGACCUUAGUCGA